AUGCUUGACCUCUCGGGCGCGUGUGCGAUCGUUCGCUCGUUCGACGACGCGCGGACAUAUCGCCUCGGGCCGGCACUCCUUUUUCCAUUAAGACUUCCCAUCGACCUCUGGCCACCACCCCCAUCGCCACAGGCGAACGUGACGGGAAGGUUUCCGCACCGGGCCUCACUCUUCGUCUCGAGGUGGGCAGAGAGUAGCUCCCCAGCCGAGAUCGCACCGCCAAGUGCCGGCCUCGAGAGCGACUGGAGAGUGCAGACCGCUGAGCGAAUGGAGCUCCAUGCAGCGCGCAGUGUGCGCAUGUCCAGACUUUCGAGCCAGUUUAAAAAGCUCGAAUUGAAACAUUCGACGCACGCAUUCGAUCUCGACGACGAUGAGUUCCUUGGGCCCCUCCUCUCACACCUACCAAACCUUAGCGACGUUGGGAUCAACUUUGACACUUCGACUCUCCACACAGUCAGUCAUCGGUCGCACCCUCCCAGUCCAAGUCUCGAUGGCUCGUUAGACACCUCGCUGGACUAUACGCUCGAGGACGGAAUCCAUACACCGUCAUUUGACACCCUCCCAAGAGACCCUCUAGAUGCCCUCGAGGCUCUUGCCCAGCUCCAACCCUUCCGUCCCGAUACGUCUAACAAGGAACACCUCGACCCCAUCGAAGCUCUGCUUUGGUCUCAGCCGAGCUACGACGUGCACCCAUUCCGCACCAUUCCGCAGCGCUCGCAGCUGUAUGCGACGAGCGAGUGGUGCGAAGUUCCCCCGCCCUUGCCUCCCAAGGACACGCGUGUCCUGCACUUUUCAACGUCGCAGCGCCGCAGCCUCGACAUGGUCAAGAAUGCUGGCGUGGCAGCCACGCAUCGCCGAACCGAGUCAACGCCGACUUGGACCCAAGCCACCCAGUCCAAGUCCAAGCGUCAGCAGCGCAUUGCACAGGUUGAGCAUUCUGACUCGGCCACCAACGUGUGGCAAGAGUCCAACCAGGUGCAGGUCAAGCACUUUCAUCAUCAUCAUUAUCACCACCACCACGUACAUUACCAGGGAGGAUCGAAAUAG